AUAAAGCAGAAUGGCAAAAAAAUUAAUUUGAGACCUAAGCCUCAUCUCUAUCUUUCAAUGAUGCGGGCAUUUUCUAUAAGAGGAGAUUUUGACAUGGUCAAAAGGCUGCAUGUUCACAUGUGGUCAGAUUCUGUUGGAUCAAUUUCUCCUUCGGUGCAAGUAGAAGCUGAUGAGCUUCUUAUGGAGGCAGCAAUAAAUGAUGACCAGGUUGAUGUUGCUAGACAAAUCCUUCAUAGAAUUAUUACCAAAAGGGAAGGGUUCUCUUGGACAACUAGAGGAGGCAUGGUUGCUAUCCGUGUAGAAGCUUUGUCAGGAUUCACUAAUUCUAUACUCAGCCCUUAUGUCCUUCCAGAGGUUUCACUGAAUGAUCCUAUUGAGAAGUAUAUGACAGCAUUUGAAGAAGCUGAUCCAUUACCUGCUAGCUUGAAAUUGGACAAAGUUAUUAUGAGCUUGGAUUGGAAUCUGCUCUGGGGAUUUUUUUUUUGUUCUACCUUAUCACAAGAUUCGAUGAUGAGAUGCAAUGCAACUAAGAACAAUGGUUAUUGAGCAUUAAACAUUGGCAUAUUCUUUGAAUGGCUUGGAAAAUUUCUAUACGGAGAGUAUGAGGAUCACUUACCUCAGACAACGGCGAUGUCGACGGC